CAUAUAGUCUAGACAUAGAGACCAUCAAGAAGAAAUAACACAUACCACAUUCUCCACUCAUGGCAAAACUCAUCCUCUUCAUCGUCACCCAAAUUCUCCUUCUCGCAGCCGUUGUCUCUGCCGGAAAAGGCAAAAACUUUGCAAAAACCAUUGACAAAAAACACUUUGGCCUCCGUAAGGAGAAACUCACUCAUUUCCGUGUCUACUGGCACGACAUUUUAAGCGGCUCAAACCCUAGCUCGGUCGUGAUCAACCCUCCUAUCUCCAACUCUUCCUUCUUCGGCGCGGUCACUGUGAUCGACAACCGAUUAACUACGGAGGUGGCGGUGAAUUCGACUUUAGUGGGACAGGCGCAAGGGAUCUACACGGCUACUGGUCAACGUGAUUCGUCUGCGCUUAUGGUGAUGAACUUUGCAUUCAAGACAGGGAAGUAUAACGGAAGUACGAUCACGAUUCUUGGUCGGAACGCUGUGUUGACCAAGGUUAGGGAGAUGCCGGUGAUUGGAGGAAGUGGACUCUUCCGGUUCGCUAGAGGUUAUGUCGAGGCUCGGACCAUGUGGUUUGAUCUAAAGUCAGGAGAUGCUACUGUGGAGUACAGCUGUUAUGUCUUGCAUUAUUGAUGAUAGUGAUGAAUUAUUAUGUCUCUCUUUUUUGAAGGUUUAAUUGAAAUACUUUAUGUUGGAUUUUGUCAGCUGCUUUAUGAUGGAUGAUUUUUGUGGGAUAUUUAUGUCUUUUAAUAUAUUUUGAUACUCUUU